UUGAAUUUAUACGAGAGUUCGUUCUCGCUCGAAAACGCCAAAUACGCUUUCAAACCAAAAUGGAGGAUUUGUCGGUCGAGGUGUACGGUGAAAAUGGUGCUUAUUAUAAGGCCAUUGUCACCGACGUGCUCGACAACGAGGUUCUCGUAGCCUUUGAAAAUGACUGGCAGCCGGAGUCCAAAUUUCCCUUUUCUCAAGUGUUCCUACCACCCAAAGACUCCGGCAAACACACUGAGUUCGUGGAGAACCAAGAGGUCGAGGUAUUCGCGAGGUCGAAUGAGAAGGAAGCAUGUGGGUGGUGGACAGCAAAUAUCAAGAUGAUAAGGGGGGACUUCCUCGUGAUAGAGUACUUGGAAUGGGACAACUGCUACACAGAGAUUGUGCCAAAAGACCGGCUCAGGGUGAAAACUCCCAAGACCCCCAUUGACAAAAACACCUUCCACAAGUUCGAAAUUGUGGUGCCUGAUGAUCUCAAGGACUACGCGAAGGUGGAGAACGCCCACAAGGAGUUCCAGAAGGCGAUCGGCGCGGCGCUGGUGUGGUACGUGCCCGAGCGCGGGCUGCUGGCCGUCAUCUCGCGCUGCGAGACCUCGCACAAGCGCGCCGAAAUGCUGCAGGAGAUGCACUUUAGGAAUUUAGCCCAGAAGCUGCUAUUGCUAAAAAAGACUGAAGAGGCAGCAAGGCAACUGGAAUCUACUAAAAUUCACAAUCAAGGAGGGCACACGGACGAGUUCUCGGUGCGCGAGGACCUCAUGGGGCUGGCCAUCGGCACGCACGGCGCCAACAUCCAACAGGCGCGAAAGGUGCCCGGCGUCACCAACAUCGAGCUCGAAGAGAUGUCCUGCACCUUCAAGAUCUGCGGCGAGUCAAGCGAGGCGGUGCGCGCAGCGCGUGCGCUUCUUGAAUACGCGGAAGAAUCCAUCACUGUGCCUCGCGCGCUUGUGGGAAAAGUCAUCGGCAAGAACGGCAAGGUCAUCCAGGAGAUCGUCGACAAGAGCGGCGUCGUGCGCAUCUACCCAAGUGAGCUCAACCUAAAACCUCCAGUAGACAUACCUUCUCACCAUAAGAAAUCUUUAGUGAAGGUGGAGGGCGACAACGAGCCGCAGCCGUCGGCGCCGCGCGAGGAGGGCAUGGUGCCCUUCGUGUUCGUCGGCACGCGCGAGAACAUCGCCAACGCCAAGGUGCUCGUCGAGUACCACGUGGCGCACCUCAAGGAGGUGGAACAGCUGCGCGCAGAGAAGCUGGAGAUCGAUCAGCAGCUACGCGUAGUGAUGUCGGGCAAUUCCGCCGCCUUCCCGCCGCCGCGCGGAGCCCCGCCCGCGCGCGCGCGCCGCCCCCGCCUGCCCGCCGUGCGCUACCCGCCCGGUAACUACCCACAUCUAACCUGUACCACAGAAUAA